AUCCCUCGUUUUCGUAUCCGGUUACAUCCGAUAAAAUGAUUAUCAAUAUGUGAGAUGCCUCGCCUCGUGGAGUCCUAAAACUCCACUUUUGAAAUUCGAGGUCAGUGCCGAAUGAUCGUUAUUGUCGUUUAUUUGUGAGUCAUGGUUGUGCCACCGUGAAGAUAAAGCGAUUUGAGCCAAUAACGAGCGGCUAAAGCAGUGAUUCAGGGGUGAAUCGAAGUAAACCGAGGCUGAUAACGUUCGUGUUGGUUCGCUCUGCCUGCUGCUCACAAUCAUCAUGUAAAAGAAUUUCACUCCACCUGCCAAAGAUGAGAGCGGAAAAAGAACGGAUUGUAGGCUGCGCCCAUUGACUCAUGACUAGCUUCUGAGGCAAUGCGCUCUGUUCCUAUAGAGAUGUACGGGUUAAACAUACAGUCUGAGAAUAUAAAAACACCGUUAGUGUACAGAUAAGGAAAAAAAAACCGCAGUUUUAAUUUUUCCCUGUUGAAAAUUGGAAGUGGGAGACUAACGGCGCACUGAGCGUGUGAUUAACUGGUUUAGAAGCUGAUGCUCUUCAGUCAGGCACGCCGGUGCGUGGAUCCCCGUUUGUGAAUUUGGGAAGAAGGAAAGGGACAGACCUCUUCAGCCUCGAAUAUGGGGAUAGAGAAGAAUCCAAAGGAGCAUUAAAAUUGAUGGGGAGUUGAGGAUGAGUACAACUCCUGUUCCAUUGCUCACGUUGGAAAUGGGACAUUGAACGUGCGCAAUCCACAUGGACUUGUCACCGGAGAAAAGGUUCGCUGCAAUCUCUUGUGGUGAUGGAACAAUAGCCAGAAACGUGAAGAAAAAGAUAGAUCAAUUUUAUUUAAACCUAAGCACAAAAAACCACAAGCACCGUGGACGCUACCGUAUAAACUGGGCUUCAGUUCUUUUGUGCGCCGGACAUUAGCGAAGGAUUUGGAUAAUCGCUUUCAGAGGCACAAUAUUACCUUAAAAGGGAGAAGAUGCCAUUCCACCAUGUGACUGCAGGCCUGCUGUAUAAAGGGAAUUAUCUGAGCAGAUCCCUUUCUGAUGGGAGCGACAGUGAACAGUUAGCCAACAUCUCGGUGGAAGAACUUGAUGAGAUACGGGAAGCAUUCAGGGUUCUGGAUCGAGAUGGCAACGGCUUCAUCUCGAAACAGGAGCUGGGCAUGGCGAUGCGAUCGCUGGGGUAUAUGCCCAGCGAGGUGGAACUGGCGAUUAUCAUGCAGCGACUAGACAUGGAUGGAGAUGGCCAGGUGGAUUUCGACGAAUUCAUGACAAUACUGGGCCCGAAACUCUUGUCUUCCGAAACGAGGGAAGGUUUCCUAGGAAACAAGAUAGACAGCAUAUUUUGGCAGUUUGACAUGCAGCGAAUAACACUGGAAGAACUCAAGCACAUCUUGUUUCAUGCUUUCCGGGAUCACCUCACAAUGAAAGACAUUGAAAACAUCAUCAUCAACGAAGAGGAAAGCCUGAAUGAAAACUCUGGAAACUGCCAAACGGAGUUUGAAGGAGUCCAUUCAAAAAAGAAGAACAGACAGACGUGCGUCCGGAAGAGCCUUAUUUGCGCCUUUGCCAUGGCAUUCAUCAUCAGUGUUAUGCUCAUCGCUGCCAAUCAGAUGCUAAGGAAUGGCAUGGAAUAGCCACAGCACUGUGAACAGGGCCUAACCAUGCAUGCGCAUGCCAGUGGGUGAAUUCAUUUCCUUUUAGAAAAAGAAAAACAAAAAUCGAACGAAUCCGUUUUUAAGAAGAGAGAGGGUUGUUGUUUUUUCCCCCGCAGGUGGGUGACACAGAAAAACAUGUCUAUUGAGAAUGAAGCCGGUAGUGUGACUUGUCUCGAGACUCAACUACAUCUUUCUGGCAGGGACAUAAAAGGGCUGUCUAUCGCUUUUAGGGUAUUUUGUUUCCUAAUGCAAUAACGUACAGGAGUUCUGAAUUAUCACUCCACCUGAGCUGUUGUUAUUUUAAGUGUUUCAGGCUUCCAGUUUCCGUAAGCAUUGAUGCAAUGUUGUGUACAGUAAUCAGCAACUGGUUUGAGAUUAGCAAGGGACAGUGCUAAACUAUCUCUCCAAGAAAAAUGUUUUCAUUACUGUUUUUUUAGAAUAAGCAUUAUGGUCCAUAGCAUUUUUUGAGGGGGUGUUGUUAGAAUGCCUUCAUAUGUCAGAUGUUUGAUAUCAUGACUCUGUAUCCAUUUUUAAGAUUUCUUUUAGCAAAGCUUUUAGUGCUUGCAUUUGGGAUGAACUGAAGGACUUACCUUCAAGGUUUUUCAGGCUUAUUAAUGAGACCUUUGGAAUAUUUAAGAUAACAUCUGUUUUCUCAGGUUACAUUUGCUGGAAUUUUAUAGACUUUCUUUUGAGCUCAGGUCAAAUGGGGGCCAUGUUUCAUCAUUGUUUAUGCAUGUAAUUGAAUGAGACUUGGAGCUAAACACGACACUUUUAAUGCUUAUGUUUAAUGCAAAAUUGUGUUUUUGUUUUUGUACAAUCACAGCUGCCUCUAGGUCUUUUGUUUCACCCAUCCCAGUCUCUUGCUCAUAACAUCAAAACAUCAAAACAUCAAAAACAAAUCCUCAAUUAGCUCAGAAAUGUUCAGCUUCAUCUUCAAGAGUCUCAGUGUACUUGAGGUGAAUGCGAACUCUAUCAAAGGCUCGUUUAACACUAUGCUGACUGGACAAUUUUUACAGUCUGUUUCAGAUUCAAUUCUGACCUAUAUUUCUUUAUAUUCAGCUAUAUGUCCCCAUAUGAACUCACAGCCCAAUGGCAGGGGCAGAAUGCAGUUAAUACUAGGGGUUCUGAGAAUAGAGGUUUCUUUUGUUUCACUGAGCUCUGCUCCCACCUGCCUGUCUUGUCAAUAGUAAAGACAACCUAUCCUCCUUUAAAAUGGAUGCGUGUGCAAUAUUUCAUCUGGAACAGAUAUUGCAAAGAUUACCCAACCAAGCUUUAGAUUUAAUUUCUGUAAGGGCUGCUUUACCUGUAUUGUCAAGACUGGAGGUAAGAUAUAUUUGAGAUGGUUUUCUUUUAUUUUUCCUUGAUGUGUUGUUUCAGUUCUCCAUAAGCAAGCAAGGUACUUUAUCAACCUUAAAUAUAUUCCUUUUCUGUGCUUUUUGGGAACUAUACAUAUUGGCUUGUUCUGAAUGUUUGUUACGUGCAUUACCAUUAGCGCUUUUGUGACUUGAGUCACAAGAAAAGCUGAUUGAAAUUCAGCUGCAACCCUGACAACGGGUGGAUUUUUGCCCAAAAUGACCUGAAAGCAGAGCUUUAUUGCUUCUAUGAGCAUUGAUAUAUAUAUAGGCAAGUACUGUAGUAUAUUCCAGUACACUGGCCACUUAAAGAAAAUGACCUCAGACGUUUUAUUUUAUUGGAGAACACAAAGAAUCAGAAAUGGGAAAUGGACAUAUAGCAAAAUGCAGGGAUAAAAUGAUGGGAAAGAAAAGAAGUGAAAUGAUACACAAACACAAGGAGAAGAAGUUCUCCUUGGUGCAGUAGUUGUCUUUUCCUAGUGUGUUUUUUUAACCUUGGACACUGAAGCUUUUAACGAGGGUACUUCUGAACUCCUGUAUAAACCUUCUUGGUAAUGUACAAAUUUUAACCACCUUAAGUUUUCUGAGGACUGCUUACAUUUAAUGCAUGCUAUUAAUAAUAAAUCUGUAUAUACCCCUUAUUGUAUGACCUGUAUCCAGUGUUAUUUGAUGAUAAUGUGCGUGCAUGAUGAUUUGUGAGCCCUUUAAUACGUUCUGCUCCUGAAGAUCUCAGUAGUGUAUGAGGGAGUUGAGUACUGAUGCUGAUGGCAGGAACACUCAGAAGAGUAACCUGUCAUUAGUCUAUCAAUCCCUUAUACAACCUCUGUGUUAAGCCAUACAGCAGAAAUGUAUUAAACCUGCAAAAGAGUAUGUAUAUAUUUUCUAACCCUCCCUCAGAGCAAGCUGUUAAAUUUGGAAACAGAAAAUCAAUUAUUUUGUUGGCACCUUUUUUGAUAUUGCUAUUUUUUCUCUCCGUUUUUUUUCUAUUUCACUGCAAAUCGACAACCAGCUACACUGUAACUGGCUAAGUAAUGUGCUAUUAAGUGCUAGCUUAAUGUCAUUUAUACAAUGGUGUCAUCUGGUGGCUGUGCCAAAAAUUACAGAGAGCUUCUACAGCCAAUGUUCUACUGUUUUCAGACACAGAGUGGAUACUAAGGAGAUGCAAAUUCUCUGGGCACAGCCGCAGACAUUUGUGUGAUACUUUGUACAUUAUUGCUUUAAUGUUUUGCAUGUGUUUGAUCUAUAUUUUGCAUCCACAAUGUUUAUUUCUAAUCAGUUUGUGUAUUCUUUUAGAGCAAUUAUUUUUUGCUCUUCCACCUUUCACUGAGAAAAAAUAACAUUUGCCUUCUGUGGCAGGAUGGAAGAAAUUCACACAUGACUUAGGCCACCUAUGUUGAGAAAAAAUAUAAAGAUAUAUAAAGAUUUUUAAAGGAUUAAGACGCUAAUUGUUUGACUUGGUUCAUUGCUGCGUUCCUGCUUAAAAUGAAUAUAUCCAUCUGUGUAGCUCCCAAAGCUUCCCAGAAAAUAUUUUCUUAUUUAUCACUAAAGGUCGACAGGAUAGUUAGGCUGUUUGAAUCCUAUUGCUUUCUUGAGAGAAACAAAGGAGGUAGAAAGGGGAAGAAAACACAUCAUUCACUAUGGAAAAUGAAAGAAAUGUGAACAAUGAGCUUUUUGUUAUGGAUUCAUAUGCAUAGGUCUGUUUCCUUUCAUUUCUGCUACUCUGCUUUCUCUGAAGUUUGAUCACCAUUCAUAGAACAUGAACAGAAUACUAUUUUACCAAAACUCCUUCGAAAUCACUCUUCUCAUGAAUUUUGGCAAAGACAGUGUUGGAAUGGCGCUGGCGCUGUAUGGUUUUUGGAACUCUGAUGGCAAAUGUUAUAGUAUAGAUGGAUGCUUUUAGAGUCCAACUGUUUUUCAGAUUGGACAAGGAGCUGGUGCUCUUUCAUCCUUAAACAUUGGCAAAGCGUUUGAAAGCUUCUCUAGGAGUUAUCCCUUUAUUUCAGUGGGAGGGACAAUUGAAAUAGAAAACUAAGCAGUCUGACUUAAACUUCAGUAGCAUGGUGGUUAAAUGACAAACUAUUGUAUAAAAGUAUGUACAUAGUCUAUAUAAAUACAUAUAUAUAUAAAUAUAUAUGUAAACUUGGCAUGCAGAGUAUUAUAUAUGUAGGCAAUAGACAAGAAGGUAUGAUCAUUGUUCUAAUAUGAAUAGUAGAGAAAAAAGUAAUAAAACAAUUGUAAAUAUUUAAAUCUGUACAAAAAUAAA